AUGUUGCACAAACCAUGUGUACAGGUGGUUAUGCGGUUCCGCCCAAACCCUGGGGUUGCUUCUCCUUUUUACUCCACAGAUGACACGGGUGCACCAUGGCUUACGUACGAUGAGCGUACCGUUCGUGUCGUGGAACGCGAUCCGCCGAUGGACCGGAAACGCGUGGAACCCAAUGGGGGCCCUUGCGGUGACAGCAAUGACCCCCCAGUUUCAAAAGCGCUCGUUCCAGCGCCUGUAACGAGCUACACGUUUGAUGCAGUGCUCUCCGAUACAUCAACCCAGCGCGACGUGCACAAAUGUGUUGGGGAACCUGUGAUCGGUAAUGUGCUGAAGGGUUACAAUGCUACAAUAUUUUCCUAUGGGCAAACAGGGAGUGGGAAGACGUAUACGAUGUUGGGCCCCUACGGGGGGUUGGCUGAUGCUUUCUUCGAAGAUAGUCCGUUCUAUGGCGAGCGAGGGCUCGUACCGCGAGUAGUGGAAGAGUUGUUUAAUCGUUUGAAUACCAUGAAAUCGGAGGAGUACACGUGGCGGGUCAAGACACAAAUGUUUGAGAUAUACAGGGAAAAUAUUGUCGACUUGCUUAUCGAAGGAGACCAACAACCUCAGACAGAGUAUCGCAUAAGGGAAGGCAAAAACAGUCAAGGUAGUUUUUGUAUGUACGUUGACUCUCUAAAGGAGGUUGAAUGCCGUACCGCCGCUGAUUUCAUGGAUAUACUGCAGAGGGGUGUGGCGAGCAGGCACACACGUGAAACGGGAACAAAUGACCGCUCUAGUAGAAGUCAUUGCCUGCUCUGCUUAUUUGUGGAGCUGAAGCACAAUGAAGAUUACAGUAUGUGGACAGAAAGCAGGCUUAACUUCGUCGAUCUUGCAGGCAGUGAACGAGUUGCGACCUCUCAAGCGGAGGGAGAGACCUUAAAAGAAACUCAAUACAUUAAUCUCUCUCUUUCACUUCUAGGAAAUGUUAUCCACCGCCUUGCCGGCGGUAACACUGGACACAUUCCCUACCGCGAUACGAAACUGACACGAGUGUUGAAGGAUUCACUCGGUGGUAAUUCACUGACCACUCUGCUAUGUCACGGCACAACCGAAGCUGCAACAAAGAGUCAAACAAUUAAUACACUUCGAUUUGCUCAAAAGGCACUUCGAAUAAAAACACGUGCUGUCGUCAACAAACCAUCGAAAACAACGAUCAAACAACAACAGCAGGAGUUCUACAAGGAACACACAAAACAGUUGGAAAAACAAAUAAGAGUUUUGCAAGAAAUUAUUAGAAGCCGGGAAAACACGGAAGGUGAAAAUUCUAUGUGCGCAAAAUGUGAGAGCAUGAGUGCUACGAUCGCGUCAUUAACAAAAGAAAUUGAAAGACUUCAGAAAGAACUUAUAGCAAGAGAAGAACAGCUACAGCAAACGCAGGAAACAGGAGACUACUACAAAAAGAACUGCGAAACCCUCGAAAACGAACUAGCAAAACUGACAGAGGAGCAAGAAGCAAACGACGCAAGGCACAUCGAAGCAUACACAAUUCUUGAAGAAGAAAGUGAGAACCUCAGGGCUGAAAUUGAAGCGCUACAAAAGCAAUUAGCAGAGAAGCCACACAAGGACGCAUCCAACUCCGAAGCUCUUUCCAACAAAAAUAAUACGCGGAAAAAUAAUUAUAAUGAUUAUAAAAACCGCGCUACUAUGACAGAUCGUCGAACACACUCAAAUUGUUGCACAAUGACUGACCCUGUUACAAUUGUUAUGCCUGAUGUCAUGGAGGAUAUGCAACGCCGUCUAACAAAGGAACUUAUCAACUGUGGUACGAUGACAGAUAUCCGUUCACACUCAAAUUGUUGCACAAUGACUGACCCUGUUGCAAUUGUUAUGCCUGAUGUUAUGGAGGAUAUGCAACGCCGUCUAACAAAGGAACUUAUCAAUUGUGGAACAAUGACGGAUAUCCGUUCACACUCAAAUUGUUGCACAAUGACUGACCCUGUUGCAAUUGUCAUGCCUGAUGUUAUGGAGGAUAUGCAACGCCGUCUAACAAAGGAACUUAUCAAUUGUGGUACGAUGACAGAUGGCACCAUCUCCACUAACCGCGCUACUAUGACAGAUUGUCGAACACACUCAAAUUGUUGCACAAUGACUGACCCUGUUGCAAUUGUCAUGCCUGAUGUUAUGGAGGAUAUGCAACGCCGUCUAACAAAGGAACUUAUCAACUGUGGCACAAUGACGGAUAUCCGUUCACACUCAAAUUGUUGCACAAUGACUGACCCUGUUGCAAUUGUUAUGCCUGAUGUUAUGGAGGAUAUGCAACGCCGUCUAACAAAGGAACUUAUCAACUGUGGCACAAUGACGGAUAUCCGUUCACACUCAAAUUGUUGCACAAUGACUGACCCUGUUGCAAUUGUCAUGCCUGAUGUUAUGGAGGAUAUGCAACGCCGUCUAACAAAGGAACUUAUCAACUGUGGUACGAUGACAGAUGGCACCAUCUCCACUAACCGCGCUACUAUGACAGAUCGUCGAACACACUCAAAUUGUUGCACAAUGACUGACCCUGUUGCAAUUGUUAUGCCUGAUGUUAUGGAGGAUAUGCAACGCCGUCUAACAAAGGAACUUAUCAACUGUGGCACAAUGACGGAUAUCCGUUCACACUCAAAUUGUUGCACAAUGACUGAUCCUGUUGCAAUUGUCAUGCCUGAUGUCAUGGAGGAUAUGCAACGCCGUCUAACAAAGGAACUUAUCAAUUGUGGUACGAUGACAGAUGGCACCGUCUCCACUAACUGCGCUACUAUGACAGAUCUUCGUUCACACUCAAAUUGUUGCACAAUGACUGACCCUGUUGCAAUUGUCAUGCCUGAUGUCAUGGAGGAUAUGCAACGCCGUCUAACAAAGGAACUUAUCAACUGUGGCACAAUGACAGAUGGCACCAUCUCCACUAACCGCGCUACUAUGACAGAUCUUCGUUCACACUCAAAUUGUUGCACAAUGACUGACCCUGUUGCAAUUGUCAUGCCUGAUGUUAUGGAGGAUAUGCAACGCCGUCUAACAAAGGAACUUAUCAAUUGUGGUACGAUGACAGAUGGCACCGUCUCCACUAACUGCGCUACUAUGACAGAUCUUCGUUCACACUCAAAUUGUUGCACAAUGACUGACCCUGUUGCAAUUGUUAUGCCUGAUGUUAUGGAGGAUAUGCAACGCCGUCUAACAAAGGAACUUAUCAAUUGUGGCACAAUGACAGAUCUUCGUUCACACUCAAAUUGUUGCACAAUGACUGACCCUGUUGCAAUUGUUAUGCCUGAUGUUAUGGAGGAUAUGCAACGCCGUCUAACAAAGGAACUUAUCAAUUGUGGUACGAUGACAGAUGGCACCGUCUCCACUAACUGCGCUACGAUGACGGAUAUCCGUUCACACUCAAAUUGUUGCACAAUGACUGACCCUGUUGCAAUUGUCAUGCCUGAUGUUAUGGAGGAUAUGCAACGCCGUCUAACAAAGGAACUUAUCAAUUGUGGUACGAUGACAGAUGGCACCGUCUCCACUAACUGCGCUACUAUGACAGAGGUUUGCCGUCAAUCUAAUUCGCUUGAUCGGCGUGUGUCUUGUGUAUCGGGUACCGCUGAAAAUGUGUCGUUGAGUGGGGAAACGUUUUGUAGGAAUACAUCUGUGAAUACCCGUGAGUGUUCAUAUAUUGCACGAAACACCAUAUUUGCUUCGAGUGUUGUUUCUUCAUUUGUCCCCGUAAUUGGGGAAGGACAGUUUGAGUGGUGGUGUUUGGACGAUGUGUAUGCUCAUGCUCUUUUGUUUUCUUACUGCAAUCCACGCGAUGUGGGUAUCAAUAUUGGCUUGUUCGAUGACUGUGAUGAUAAGGUGCUUUUGCAAUCUCUUGGAGUUGUUCAUAGAACACUUGGCUCCAUUCGUGCUGAUUAUGAUGGCAGCGUCGUCUCGGUUAUUCGUAGGUUUUUGGUUCAGCAACGCGGUGCCCUUGCAGGAGACGGCGCUCUUGAAGGUUGUGUGCCGUGCGAGGCUCUAUUCGAGGUUCUUAUAUCUGCCAAAAAUGCACUCUUGGUGGAGCCAAUGGUCAGCGACUCCUCUACUGUGAAGGGGGAAGAUAGGGUUUGUCACGGUGAUGGAGAAGGUGCACUUGACAGCUGCGUAUAUGCUCACUUGCAAGUGGCGAUGACCGCCGUCUUCAGCAUUGCACGUGAGCGCGGUGGAUAUUUGUCGGAUAUUUUCGCAUCUGUGAAGGUUCAGAAAGCACUCGAAGCAAUGCGUCAGUUCUUCACUUCCAGCAAUUUAUUUUCGAGUGGAAGUAGCAGCGUUUCUAGUACCUCCGAGGCCAACGGAGAUAGUAGCAGCUUCCUCGAAGACAUGCUGAGGGAAACAGAGGUCCCGCGUUUUGUACUAGGAGGUGCAUUGCAACGGGCAGCCGCGCUGCUCAAGGAUGAUGUGGUGACCAAAUUGCAGAGGCGGAGAUUGUGUGGCGGACUCUCGUUGGAGGAGGCCCUUCUUGCGUGUUAUUUGGCUGAAGAAAGAAUCACCGCCCUCACUGAAAUCGAAAAUUUGAGAGAAGAAAUGGUACAGCCUGUUACACGCGAAGCGCUGGAUUUAAUUGACGGUGCGGUGAGGGCUUUUCUCAAGAGUGAAGAGUCCGAGGAUUUCUCCGCUGAAGCCACAAACCACAUGAAAAGCAGCUCCUUCACUACCGCACUGGCAUUUCUCUUCACGUACGUCGCUGCUCAAACAGCGACUGAAACCGUCGGGCUUCCUCAAGAUAGCACAGAACAUGUUAGAGAUGCGCUAAAUGUAGUUGCGCAGACACUACUAAGGCGUUCAGUGUCACAAACUUCAAGAUUUGAUGUAGCACAGAGUAAUACAGCGAUAGACCCAGAAAGCAUGCAACAAUCGUUGAGGAUUAUAAUGGAUUAUGCGGAAAGUCAAGGUUACUACCCAGUCACAUGCGAUACGUCAGAAGCAGGCAGCCGGUCCAAUCAUCACUGCCAGUACUCCCAGCAAACCCGUAGAAAGGACACGCCCGACAUCGACGUCACGAAAAGGGAGGCACUUAUGGAAAAAAUGGAUUCGCCUCGUACCACUCCAAGAAGUUCACCGCACCCUCGGUUAUCCUCGCCACAAGAGCAACGACCUCAAACGAGCGUGGUUGUAGUAUCGCAACCAAAUGUAACAAGCCACCACAUCAACAACCUCGUUCACAGAGGAAGGAUGACUAACCCUGUUGCAAUUGUUAUGCCUGAUGUCAUGGAGGAUAUGCAACGCCGUCUAACAAAGGAACUUAUCAAUUGUGGUACGAUGACAGAUGGCACCAUCUCCACUAACCGUGCUACUAUGACAGAUCUUCGUUCACACUCAAAUUGUUGCACAAUGACUGACCCUGUUGCGAUUGUUAUGCCUGAUGUCAUGGAGGAUAUGCAACGCCGUCUAACAAAGGAACUUAUCAAUUGUGGAACAAUGACGGAUAUCCGUUCACACUCAAAUUGUUGCACAAUGACUGACCCUGUUGCAAUUGUCAUGCCUGAUGUUAUGGAGGAUAUGCAACGCCGUCUAACAAAGGAACUUAUCAAUUGUGGUACGAUGACAGAUGGCACCAUCUCCACUAACCGUGCUACUAUGACAGAUCUUCGUUCACACUCAAAUUGUUGCACAAUGACUGACCCUGUUGCAAUUGUUAUGCCUGAUGUUAUGGAGGAUAUGCAACGCCGUCUAACAAAGGAACUUAUCAAUUGUGGAACAAUGACGGAUAUCCGUUCACACUCAAAUUGUUGCACAAUGACUGACCCUGUUGCAAUUGUUAUGCCUGAUGUCAUGGAGGAUAUGCAACGCCGUCUAACAAAGGAACUUAUCAAUUGUGGAACAAUGACGGAUAUCCGUUCACACUCAAAUUGUUGCACAAUGACUGACCCUGUUGCAAUUGUCAUGCCUGAUGUUAUGGAGGAUAUGCAACGCCGUCUAACAAAGGAACUUAUCAAUUGUGGAACAAUGACGGAUAUCCGUUCACACUCAAAUUGUUGCACAAUGACUGACCCUGUUGCAAUUGUUAUGCCUGAUGUCAUGGAGGAUAUGCAACGCCGUCUAACAAAGGAACUUAUCAAUUGUGGAACAAUGACGGAUAUCCGUUCACACUCAAAUUGUUGCACAAUGACUGACCCUGUUGCAAUUGUUAUGCCUGAUGUCAUGGAGGAUAUGCAACGCCGUCUAACAAAGGAACUUAUCAAUUGUGGAACAAUGACGGAUAUCCGUUCACACUCAAAUUGUUGCACAAUGACUGACCCUGUUGCAAUUGUUAUGCCUGAUGUUAUGGAGGAUGUGCAACGGCGGCCAUCAAACAGACUUGAUGCUUCCACCUCAUUAAAGGUGAGCAAAAACAAUGGCGACGUGGCUGUGUACGAAGCUGUUCGCUUUGGUGACGAAAAAGUAGUGGUGGAUAGUUGUUCUGUGGCGUCAGUGAGUGAUAGUUUCCCGCGGGAUUUGUCAAGUGAGGUGGGUAAACUUCAGUUAAGGGUACUAGAUCUCGGGAAAGAGGUUUACAUGCUUCAGAAAGAACUUAUGGCAAGAGAAGAACAGCUACAGAAAACGCAGGAAAGGGCAGACUACUACAAAAAGAACUGCGAAACCCUCGAAAACGAACUAGCAAAACUGACAGAGGAGCAAGAAAGAAACGACGCAAGGCGUACCGAAGCAUACACCAUUCUUGAAGAAGAAAGUGAGAACCUCAGGGCUGAAAUUGAAGCGCUACAAAAGCAAUUAGCAGAGAAGCCACACAAGGACGCAUCCAACUCCGAAGCUCUUUCCAACAAAAAUAAUACGCGGAAAACGGAUAGCGACCACGCUGUUGACGGGAAGGAAAAUUUGGGUCUUCAUCAUGUGUCCUCUGUGAGAUCACUAGUUCACUUGAGGGAAAAUAAAGCAAGGGAACAUCUUCGAAGUCGUUCGUUGUCCAAUGGCAGGGAGCCCCCUGGUGGUGUUCUACCUACCGAGCUGAGGACAUGGCCGCAGACGGCGCAGCAAAGUGCCCCCGCUGCUUGCACCCAUGAAAAAGGUGUGGAACGAAAACUUUCAGAGGAACUCGAUGAGAGCGACGUCGUGAACCACCUCACCGCUCAGGCAACUCCUGAAAUGCUGAAUCUGAAACCCGAACUAUUUGUAAAAAACCCUGCUUCGUUCGAUCGUUUGGUGUCAUAUCUUACGCGACUCGUAGAAAGGGCUGAAAGGGAACCCGGAGCGCUGAGUUGUGAGGAAAGACACCUUUCUGAGGUAUUGAAGGUGUUCUCCACUUUUUACUGUGGUUAUCGUUCCAUUGAAAGUGGUACCGGCACUUGUCCCAUUGUUGAUGGGAAUCUGCGUUCACGCGGUGGGAGUUCACAUUCACUGCGUCCUAGGGCAAAAGGAAUGUGGUCUCCAGAAUCCUUGCGGGUUUCCCCUGAUGUUGGAAGGAACGUUGACGCUGUGAAGGAAGACCAAAAUGGUAAGCAUCUCGGCCCAGUGCCUUCCGCAAGUACGACAUUUCGAACCGGGCGUUCUGAGAGGUGUACUUCCUCCGUUCGUGGCGUGGCGUUGGUGGGUGGGCUUUUGGCGUCGAGGAGACGCUCGUCAACUGCUCCUUCACCGACAGAGGGGCCGCGGGUCCCUCUGCAGAGGGAAGAAAUAGAAGACCUGGAGGGAAUGUCAGAGUUGGUGUCUUCCAUCGAGGACAUGCAGUCGCAGUUAGCCUACUUCAAUUUUAGCAAUGAGCCAGAGCUGAGGGAGUCCAUCAAGCAACUGCAACAGCACCUCGAGGAACUCAGAGCAGUCCUGGAGAGCCAAAUGUCAACGACAAAAAUGUCACGAUCACCCUCCUAUAUAUCUAGUUUCAGGGGAAGCUGCUUCUCACAGGGUAACCAACAGGGUCAAGGUGUGCAAGAGGGGAAGCCACCACUAAAAGCAGAAAGCAACGGAUGUCAACCUGCGACCGACAGCGCGUGUGAUACAAAUUAUUCAAACGGUGGCCAGACAGGCUAUUUAGCUGUAUGUAAUGCUGUAAACACUUGCUGUGGAGGGAGAGGUGCGUUCCAUCGUGGUUCGAAUAGAUGCUCCCACUGGGUACCACUGAGAAUGCACAGGGCAAAUCACGAUGAGAACGUCGGGUUGGCGAUGAAUGAGCCUGGUGGCUCUAUUCCUCAAGGACGGUCAAAUGCUUUUGACGACGGCUCGCAACGCAAGUGUAUGGCGCCGAAUCGACGCAACCAGAGUGCAGUGAUGAGGCGGUUGCUGGACUCUAUGCGAUUUGACCUUGACUCGUAUGUGUACACGGCUGCCGAACAGAAUGCCGCUAGCGCUGCUUUGCUAGAGGAAUCGUCUUCUCUCAAGGAAAGAGAAGCAGAUAUGUGGUUACGUCUCAACCAAACAGAGUUCUGCGAGAUGGCAAGGAUAGAAAUGAGGCUGAAAAGGGAUGACUUACGGGAGCUUCAGCAUGAAAUCCACCGCAUGCACUUGUUGCACGAUAAAGAACUCGUAGAGCGGAAACGGAGGUUGUUGAUUUAUUCCUAUAGAAAAUUGCUGGAUUUUGCAAAGCGAAUGUCCGAUAUUCUUAAGGCACGCGAGUUCUGUACGGGCACGCUGGAAAGCCAGCGGCUGCUGCUAUUAGACGAAACGUCAGAUUUCACAAAAGAUGUAGAAAAGUACAUUGAGGUUCUGUAG